UUCGGGCAUUCAAGAUGCUACUCCAACGAAUUUCGAUUCUGGUCUGCGUAAUGGCUUUGGUCCAUGCCGAUUACAUAUCCGGCAAACUCUUUUCGCUAAUUUCUGCACAGAACGAUCGACAAAAUUUCGUGAUCUCCCCGGUGGGCGUUAGGGCCGCCCUGGCGUUACUCUUUGCCGGAGCUGAGGGGCAGACAGCGCAAGAACUGAAAAUCGCCUUGCAGCUAGUUGGGGAGAACAAGAACGACGCACUGGAGGAGUUCAAAGACAUCAAAUAUACGAUAAGCAAGAAGGACACGACCAUGAGGAUACCCUCCAAGAUCUUCGUGGACAGAAGAUACCCACUGAAGUCCGAAUAUCAGAGUUUAACGAAAAGGUUUCUGAAAAGCCCGGCCGUGCACAAGCACUUUAAGCACUCAACGGGGGCGGCCAAGUCCAUUAGCAGCCACACUGAGUCGGCCUCGGAUCGCAAAGUAGAUGACAUUGUGAGGGACUCCGACCUUAGCUCCUCGUCCAACAUGGCUUUAACCAGCGGCUUCUACUUCCGGGGAGAUUUCGAGAAGCCUUUCCUACGGAUGAGCGAACGGCAGCCCUUCCAAGUACCAGGUCGCAUUCUUCGCGCUACCAUGUACAGGAAAUACGAUUGGCUGCGGUGUGGGGAGCUGCCUGCUUUGGGGGCUGUCGGCAUCGAAAUACCCUACAAGGAGGGAAAUCUCAGUCUGGUCAUUAUAAUGUCCACGAGGCUCAACGAUUAUUCGUGGCUGCAACAAACGCUUUUCAAGAACUAUGAUCUACUUCAACUCACGGACAACUUUACUCUUAGGCCUGUUCUCAUGCAAAUGCCACAAUUCAGCAUUGAGUAUGAGACCAGCCUCCUAGGGCUGCUAGAGAAUGGGUUGAACGUGCCCACCGUCUUGCACGAUCCCGAUUUCUCGGGUCUCAGCAAGAAGCCAGACCUCCGACUGGCUGCUUUCAAACAUAAGGGAACCAUUGAGAUACAUGGCGGCUGCCCUGACGCGUGUCCCAUUGCGCCGACUUAUGUCGAGACGGGCUACGAGAAGGCUAUUCCCUUCAUCGCUAAUCAACCCUUUGUGUUUUUCAUCAAGGAUGAAACAAAUAUCUUUUUUGCAGGUAAAUUGUUUACGCCGAUGGCAUUAUACUGAGUUCUUUAUCGAACUUUGGAUAUAACAUCAACAAUAAGAUAAUUUUCCUGGAUUUUUAAUCGAAUUUUAACUAUCAGAUUAUGCAAUAGAAUAAAGAAAUGAUUCAACAA